CCUGAGAGAACGCUGAGAAACACACUCACUUUCCUUUGCGCCCAGAACGAGACGGUUUUAGGCAUUUCAGCAGGGGUCCCAGAUAGCCAUGAUCCCAAAGUAUUCCUUGAUGGGGCCUUUCAGAGGACACAUGAGUAUCAAAAGUAGCUCCUUUUCUCCCAGUUCUUCAUGCAAGUUGUCAAGCCAGUACAUCAUUCAAGAUCACAUGUCUACACAUUACAGAAAAUUGCUAUCUGCCAAAGCUGUUGUUGAUUCAUCUGCUCCAAAGAGUUUGAACACGAGCAUUAAAUACCAGGACCAGCAGAAAAGAGAGGCGCUCAUUAAAGCAGUUGAGAAAUACAAGAAAGAAAUGUCCCGGAUCCCUUCUGGACCUCCAUGUCAUCCCAGGAGUGUUUCCACAGAGAAUUGUAAAUGGCUACAGAGCAGCCCGACUUACACUUCCAGUGGACAAAUGCGAUCCUUGAAAAAAACAGAGCAGCACUCUCCUCCGUGUUUCAAGAAAAUGCUUUCAAGUAGUCAUUCCCCAGUUUUGAGAGCAGAGGAGGCCAUCCAUGAUAUUGUCCAGUGGUCUUUAUCUCAGACUCAAAACAGUGGCAGAAGUAUAUUUCCACAACGUCCUCUUUUAUCCACCAAGUCUCGCCUGCCAGUUCUGAGCCAUACCAGAAAGGAGAAGCUUCAAAUCCGUCAGAAGAAUUUUUUUGCUGCUGAUCUCCUGGACAGACAUGCACAGUGGUUCACUGAAACAGUGCAGCCUUUUACUCCCAGAGUUUUGAAAACAGCAAGCAAGCCAUACCUUUCAAAAUACAGGUAUUAUAAUGGCCCACAUGGAAAGAAAAGUCCUUCGCUUCAUCAACAAUCGUUCAAUAGACCAAAUAAGUUUAACAGGUCUUCGGAAGAUGAAUGUCUAAGAUCUUAUGCAGAUUACUCUGUGAGGCAUCCAGUCAAGAAACACCCACAUAACUCAAUUUCUCUUCACUCACUGCUUCUUGCAAAAGAAGAAGAGUUGAAGUACCUUCAGUUUCUCCAGGAACUUGCAAGUGACAUUUUGAGGAGAAGCUGUUUCCGCAAGGAGUAAAAAUGCGAAGAAUUUUUCAAGCCCUGAAGGAUGAUUUGAACAUCUGCACUCAUCUGCCAGAUUCUCCUGUCUGUUACACUUGCUUGAAGCACAGGAGAAGCUGUCUCAACACAGCCACCACUUUUUAAGUCACAAAUGGUCUUCUGAAGCAUCGGACUCAAACAAGCAUAACAGACUUUAUAAUAAGAGAGGAAGGAAAUUUACAAUGUAAAGAGCCAUUCAGAGUACUGUAAACAUUAAUGAAACUUAACUUGAAUCAUUGUACUAUCUGAAGAGAAUUGUGGUUGAAUCCUAGAUUUCUCCAUGCAAACAUUUUUUAUAUUCUAUUUCCGAAUAGCUAACUCAUUCUGACUGCUGGUAACAGCAUGAUCCUUACACAAAAGGGAGUGGUCAGUAGGCUUGGGGGAACUCUAAAACACCCUGAGGCCACUGGGCAGCAACUAUCCAAACAGCCUCCUUCCAAGGAUCAACUUGCCAGAUGCAGCAUUGCUAUUUUCUAGAUGAAAGCAAAAGCAAUUCUGAUCCAGUGUUUGUGCUAAUUUUUCCUGGAAUGAAUAAUGUAGGAACUCAUCACUGGCUACUUCCAGACACAAUGAAUACAUCACUCCUUCCUUCUCAUCACUGAGUAUAAUUUUAUGUUCUGAAAGAAGUUGGUUUGAGCAGAGUCAUGUGAAUGAGCUAACAAGGACAUAAAUUGAAGGACCAGGAGGCACAAGGAGAAGCUGAAAAUGAACUGGCUGCAUUUUAAAAGUUCAUUAGGAGAACUGUACAAAACAAAAAGAAGGAUGCAACUGUUUCAGUCAACUGUGGUUAAAACUCAAGCUAACUAUAAUGAAAUGGUCAUGAUCAUUAAAAUGAUUUUAUUCU